AUGAAGAAGGAAGCUCUGGACUUGGCGCUGGUGCCAAUUGGCCUGAUCAUCCUCGCCUCCUACCACGUCUGGCUGGUGCGCUGCGUUCGCAGGGAUCCCACCCGCACCGUUAUGGGCAUCAACAGCAUCAAUCGCCGCUUCUGGGUGCAGAGCAUGAUGGAGGUGCCCACCUACUGUGGUCCCGAGUUUCCUGUCCCAAUUCCCCAUCCUUUUUUCUCACCGUGUGUCGUUCGUUUUCUGCAACAGGACCCCGCUAAGAUGGGCGUACUCGCAGUUCAGAGCCUGCGGAACAACAUCAUGGCCUCCACGCUGAUGGCCUCCACAGCCAUCAUGCUCUCCUCUGUGAUCGCCGUCCUGAUGACCAAUAGCGGUGGGUGGCCGAGCAGGCUGCAAGAAGGGCGCGCUAAGCUGGUCGUCGGCGACGCCAGCGAGCUGGGGCUCACCAUCAAGUUCUUCUCCAUUCUCUCGUGUUUCCUCCUCGCAUUCCUCUUCGAGGUGCAGUCAGUUCGCUACUACAGCCACUCAACCAUCCUCAUUAACGUGCCCGUCGUCGACUCCGGGGCCAAGGCUACGGGCGGCGGGCAGGAGCUUAGGCUGCGGCGGAAAAUCACGCCGGAGUUCGUCGCAAAGAUGUUGGACAAGGGAAACUACUUCUGGUCUCUGGGCUUGAGGGCCUUUUACUUCUCAUUCCCCCUUUUUCUUUGGACCUUCGGCCCCGUGCCGAUGUUCGUCUGCUGUGUCGUGCUGGUUUUCCUUCUCUACCUCCUCGACGUGUCCUCCGAUGGAGAGGCCGAGACGAGUUCUACCACCCCAGAAGCGGCGGACCAGGCGGCAAUAGCGGCCGCAAAUUUCUGA